GCGCGCGGGGCGCGGUUGCCGUGGCAGCGCCGGCUCCAGGGAGGGCGGGCGCGGGGCCGGGAUCGCGGGGCCUGAGGUGGCGACCGGAGAGCCCGCGGCCCGGCUGGAGGCAGCUCGGGACAGGCUUGAGCGGCGGGGCGCGCUGCCCGGCCGGCGGGGAUGCGGGACCGGCUGCCAGACCUGACCGCGUUUGCUUUGGGAACUGGGACUGUGUGUGUUGACUCUGAACACACCUAACGCGCCAACAGCCGAGCACACAGCAAAUUAUUUACUUUAGCAAGGGAAAAGCAGGUCACUAAAAAUUUUGGAAGGAUUUUGAUGCAUUCUACACAUGUAAAGGUAGAGAACCACAUUGUUUACCAGCAAGCGAAUGACUUGGAACAAAAAUCUGCCCGUGCCAUGGGUUCAGAGUGGAGGAGGAUUGGCGCCACACCACUGUGGGGGUGCAUCGCACAGCAUGGGACAGUCACCAUGGGAGAGGAGGACUGAGUAUCUGGUUGUUUACGCCACGCCACUGUGGGAGUGCAUCGCACAGCAUGGGAAGGUCACCAUGGAAAGCGACUUGCUUUCACAGGGAAGUGUGGUGCUGGGGAGCAGUGAGAUGGUUGCAGCCUCUUUGCUGGAGCCGCAGUGUAGGAAGAAUGAUGAUGGAGACACAGUUGUUGUGGUUGAGAAAGACCAUUUCAUGGAGGAUUUCUUCCAUCAGGUUGAGGAGAUUAGAAACAGUAUUGAUAAAAUAACUCAAUAUGUUGAAGAAGUAAAGAAAAACCACAGCAUCAUUCUUUCUGCACCAAACCCAGAAGGAAAAAUAAAAGAAGAGCUUGAAGAUCUGAACAAAGAAAUCAAGAAAACUGCAAAUAAAAUUCGAGCCAAGUUAAAGGCUAUUGAACAAAGUUUUGAUCAGGAUGAGAGUGGGAACCGGACUUCAGUGGAUCUUCGGAUACGAAGAACCCAGCAUUCGGUGCUGUCUCGGAAGUUUGUGGAAGCCAUGGCGGAGUACAAUGAAGCACAGACUCUGUUUCGGGAGCGGAGCAAGGGCCGCAUCCAGCGCCAGCUGGAGAUAACUGGGAGAACCACCACAGACGACGAGCUGGAAGAUAUGCUGGAGAGCGGGAAGCCGUCCAUCUUCAUUUCCGACAUUAUAUCAGAUUCACAAAUUACUAGACAAGCUCUCAAUGAAAUCGAGUCACGUCACAAGGACAUCAUGAAGCUGGAGACCAGCAUCAGAGAGUUGCAUGAGAUGUUCAUGGACAUGGCUAUGUUUGUGGAGACUCAGGGUGAAAUGAUCAACAACAUAGAAAGAAACGUUAUGAAUGCCACAGACUACGUAGAACACGCUAAAGAAGAAACAAAAAAAGCUAUUAAAUAUCAGAGCAAGGCGAGAAGGAAAAAGUGGAUAAUUAUUGCUGUGUCAGUGGUUCUGGUUGCCAUAAUCGCUCUAAUUAUUGGCUUGUCAGUUGGCAAAUGAUGGUGUGGAUAACGUCAGUGUGCGUGCCUCUCUGCCAGGGUGGGAAAAAUGAUAUUCAUUAUUAUUUGUGUAAUUAUUUUGCUUGUGAUCCUUGGAAUUAUCCUAGCAACAACAUUGUCAUAGCAACCAUAUCCCAAGAGCCAUUUAUCCUUGGAGACUCAGACCACAUCUGCAACCAGAUGAGCAUCCUGUCAUUUCGUGAAUGAAUCUCAGACGCUGUAACCCGGCAUUGAGGACUGACCUUUUAAUUUACGAAUUCAUGGAAGAAGCACAACCGAACGUCUUGUUCAGUGAAAGCGCCGUAAGCACAGUGGGCGUGAUGCGUGACCCUGAAUGACACACUACAGGAUGUGAGCAGUGUGAGCCUUCUCUCUCACUGGCCUUGAACUAAGAGAAUAUUGAACAUUUUAAUAUUAAAAAUAUUUCAGUGUUACAAAUGUGCAUGAAGUUUAAUUAGGAAGGACUGCUUUAUGUUAUAAAGCUUUUUUUAAUUUUUUGAGAUGGAGUCUCGCUUUGUCACCUAGGCUGGAGUGCAGUGGUGCGAUCUCGGCUCACUGCAGCCUCCACCUCCCGGGUUCAAGCAAUUCUCCUGCCUCAGCCUCAGAG